AUUGAUUCGUUUUCAAAUAAUUUAGAUGAGUUCCAGCUUUGUUUCCGUGUUCAGGAUUAACGGCAUUCCCAUCCUGCCGCCGGUGAUGACACCGGAAGUUCGAGCAGAAGUUAGUAAAUAUCGUCAAAAAGCACGGGACAUAGAAGAAAGGCUUCAAAAAACAAAAAGUUCCGAAGAGAAUUCAAGCCAUCAAGAUCAAGUGGUCGACUUAGCAACAAAACCAAAACCUUCGUUACAGUUGGAUGGACAAAAUGUAGUUGAUCGUCGCAAUUCUUUUACAUUAGAAACAUCAAGUCUUGGCCCAAUCGACUUGCCACAUUCCACGUCUCCGGCUGAAACCAGUGAACAUCAUCAGAAAUCUCCAUAUUCUGAACAUGAUUCGCCUAGACCGCGUAUUAUCAGAUCAAAUUCGUACACUAUAGACAGUCCCAGCCCUCUUCUUAUGAAACAUCUACACAACCAAAGUUUAGACGUAAAGAGUUCCUGCUCAAUGGGCGAAAUACCCAUUUCCGGUCGUAUGAAACACGUUAAAAAAUUGGACUUCGAAAAAGAUGGUAUAACUAAAAUUCAGAAAAAAGGAUCAACCGAUAAACCAAAGUGGGAAACGCCUAAAAAAAUAAGUGCAACGAAAUCCUCAACACCACCAAAGAAAUACAAAAGCCCUUAUGUAUCAAUUUCGAAGACUAGCUUAAAAGCUUCGGGUAAAAGUAAACCUAAAACACCCAAGAAAAGCGAAAUGGUCAAUAAUGCUAAAGUUGACUCUAAUGCGAUUCCUGCAACAACUAUUUGUCAUCAGAAAAUACAAGAAAUCCAGAAACAGCACGAGCAGCGAAUGUUAAAGUUAUUAAAGCGUCAGGAAGAGGAACAACGUCUCCUGCAGGAAAGUUUUCGUCGUCAGCAUGAAGAAAUAGCAAAAAUGCUUCUCCAAUCAGUGGAUCAAAUUCACACCUCUACGCCGGUGAUCGGGAGUCCGGAAGAUUCGAAAACGCUUGUAAUGAACAGUGAACAGCAGCAAAUCGCUUCGUCUUUCAGAAAAUUGAACAUCAAUUCAAAGGACUUCGUUCAGAAUAGCGACACGCAGUCUAGCAUUAGUAACCCAACAUCCACUAAGACACUGUUUGUAUCUUCCAACUCCAGCAAAUCGAGUAUAGAUUUUAAUGAUUCGGAUGAAAUGUACAAAACGUGCGAUAAUAAUAGGAACAAUAAUCAAUGGGAAAAUGAUGACCAGAAGUUUAGCGACAUUCGCAACUAUAUCGAAACCAUGCAACGAACUUUACAGGACAAGGACCUUCAAGAGUUGAGCCAGUUUGAUAACCAUGAACAUCAGAAUCUGAAGCAGAACGAGCGAAUUCAGUAUAAUGCUGCUAGUCUGAUAAACGCCUACGCGAGAGGGUAUCUUACGCGAAGGCUUUUUCAGACCGAAAAAGUCCAAAAGAUUGUCCAAAUUAUUCGCGACACACUGCUGUUUAUAUUGGAUAUGCAUCACGAAAAGAACGCGCCAGGCAGGCGAGUUCGUAGUCCGGCUGAUGUACAAUUGAAGCGAACUCUUUUCCACCAGCUAACAUCCGCCUGUAAUCAACUGCAUGAAAUUUUCAUUGACACUUCCAUUCAGCAGCGAAUGCAGAUAAUACGUUGCGAUCGAGAACAGAUUAAGCAGAGACUUGAGAAUCGUCUACGGCCAACGUCUACGAUAGCUCAAAUAAAUUCCAGGAAAGUUUCAAAUGUCAGCUCACCUGCUCUACCCGAACAAUACCAAACACUGCAAGUGUGUUCUCUAUAUUCAGUCAAUAUUGAAGAAACCACUGCUGCAGCUACCGACAACCACCAGAACAACAACAACAACCACCAAGUGUACCUUGAAGAGUUCUACAACCGGUCACCAGCAGAUUUAAAUUCAAGUACAACGUCGAACCGUUCAUCUUCGGUAAGCCUUCCGCACGUUUCCGACUGUAGGACAUCGUCAGCGCGUACCCCGACAAGCCUUUCGUCGACGGUGGUUACGCACCUAUUGAGCCAAGUGAAGAGAGCCAUUUCAUCCGGAGCCGGCGUCAAACCGCCGUCACAGACCACUCUCCGUCCAAAAACUGCCACCGUCUCGCGACAAAACCCGUUGGGACCAAGUAUGCUAUUGAGAUAAAUUUUGUUAAGAUAGCUGAUAAAUCGAAAAUUUAUUUCAGUAUACAAUUUUUAAUAAA